AUGGCUUUGGUUGGAGCUUCUAACCAGCCCGUCCAAGUGCAACCUUUUCCGGCCUGUGGCGUAGGACACAGUGUUGAUGGAGACACACUCACGGAACCAGGAAAUCUUGGAGGGGAGCGGGGCCGGCGUGCAGGCAUUCCGCCAGCGGUGGGGCUGGAGAUGGUGGAACAACAGUUUCAGCCAAUCUUGGACAGCUUUGGCCGGGGAGAGAUGACUGUGAAGGACUUGUAUGAAGCCACGGAGUGGUCCAAAAGAUGGGUUUGGCCUUUCGAUUUGUAUGCGCCAGUCUUCGAGGCAGCACGGCAGAACGGAUCCCCGCUCGUGGCGCUGAAUCCGGCGACAGAGGUGCGUCGCCGGCUACCUCUUGAAGGCUUGAGAGCACUGACACAGGAGGAUCGUGGCUUGUACCUCCCAGAUGCUGUCGGGUUUGCGGCCACUUUGCGUGAACCAGCCUUUCGGAGCUAUGCAGACCUGGUAGUGAUGCCCAGCUACGACACGCAUGUGGCUGGGGAAUGGCUAGGCAGCCGUGACGAGACGGUGGCGACGCCCCAGAACUUCCUCAGCGCACGCGUCUUCAGAGAUGAGGCCAUGGCCUAUGCAGCCUGGCGAUAUCUGAACAAAGACCAGCGCCGUGGCAUGCUGCUGAUCGUUGGCUGUGACCAUGUGAGAUAUGACUUUGGCAUCCCUGCACGGCUGAAGCGCUUGGGCUCUGGAAGCACGCGUUGGCAGGCAGAAAGGCCAGAGAAGUUGGAGAAGUUGCCUUUAUCUGCUUGGAUGCGUUUGGAUGCUUGGGAUGAGCCGUUGCUCCUGCAUUCCGCGAAGUCGGCGACCAGUGCGGUUCAGGGGCAGCUGGCGGCGGGGGAAGUGUUUCAAGCAGAGGCAGAUGGGGAAGCGCUGAAGCUGCAGGAGAUGACAUGGGACCAGCGCGGUUUCGUGCUGCCGGACAAGGACACUGGUGCUUUCCCAUGCUCCUUGGUUGAGGGCCGCAAGCUGAAGAUCACCACGGUGCUGCUGAACCCCACUGCCCAGGAAGGCAGGAUGCAUCGCGCAGCGGCGCGGAUGGUUGGUCGACGAUCAUCUCGAGGUGUCUUUGCGUGUGUUUGUCACCUCAUCAGUCAAGUUGGUCAUUGGAAGUGA